AAAAUGAAUAGUAGUGAAGUGGAAGUUCCCAUCAACAACGAUUUAGAACGAAAAAUAGCUGAUGCAUUCGAAGUAUUUGAUCACUCUCAAAGCAAAAUGAUAGAUGUAAGGGAAGUAUCAACAGUUAUCAGAGGGUUAGGUUGCUGUCCUUCUGAAGCAGAAGUCCAAGAAAUUAUUGUAGGACUAGAGGAUCCCCAAUAUCCCGGAAGUGUACACUUGCUAAAAUUUUUACAGUAUGUGUCCCAACUAAUCACAGAACACAAAUAUGAGCCUGCUUCACCAGAGGAUCUUUUAGAUGCUUUCCAAACUUUGGAUACUAAAGGACUCGGUUAUUUGACUAAAGAGGAAAUUUCAACAUAUAUGACUCAAUUUGGCGAGCCAUUUACUCAGGAAGAACUUGAAGAGAUGUUAGAAAUAGCAAUAGAUCCGCAAACGAAAACGGUACCCUACGAAUAUUAUAUAAAUCAAUUAAUGGUGAGUAAUAAUUACACUGUGGUUUACAUUUGUGAAGUGUUCUUUUGUUCUUAA